AUGACGCUGCUCCGAGUCGUGGGGCAGUCGUCCAGCGAGGCCGUACUGCAGGACUGGGCUGGACCUGGCGGAGCGCCAGCUGGCCGCCGCCGGCGGCGCGGCCUGCGGCCUCCCACUGCGGUGCUGGAUGGCGCUGCCGUGCGUCAUAUCCUCGAGUCCGACAGCGCGCGUCGGCGCUUGUACGAGCUGGGCCUCGCCACGCGCACGAGCGUGUGCUGCCGGUUGUCGCCUGCGCAGAAGAAGGAUUUGCUGGUGGAGCUGGUCCGGGAGCAGGACCCCAGCGUGGUGACGUUGGCCAUCGGCGACGGUGCCAAUGACGUUCCGAUGAUCCAGGAGGCGCGCACAUCGGCAUCGGCAUCAGGGGCAAGGACCGAGGGCAUGGGUGCCGUGCAGGCCUCCGACGUCGCCAUCUCCCAGUUCCGCUUCCUCGGCAACCUGCUCCUCUGCCACGGUCGGCGGUCUUACCACCACGUGGCGCUCUACCUCUGCUACUACCUGUACAAGAACAUGGCCGUGGCGUGGGGUGACAUACUGCACGCUUGCGACAUCGGCUUCGGCGGUGACAUUGCGUAUCGGCGAGUGGCUGUCCACCUUCUUCAACGCCUUGUUCACCUCAUGGCCAGUGGUCAUCGUGCUCGCGUUCGACCGCGACAUGCCCGAUGA